AUGAUCGAUAAGGCAAUGACGAAUAGUGGAAAUCGUUACGAAAUCGUCAUUGUUGAGGAUAACAGUCCUGAUGGGACCUAUGAAGUAGCAGUUGAAUUGCAGAGAAUCUUUGGAAAGGACAAAAUCCAGAUUCUUCAACGGACUGGUAAACUGGGCUUGGGAAGUGCAUAUAUGGAUGGAAUGAAAUUGAUUCAUGGUGAUUACGUAUUUAUUAUGGAUGCUGACUUGUCCCAUCACCCUAAAUACAUGCCCGAGUUCAUUCGCAAGCAGAAGGAGCGUGACUAUGAUGUGGUAACUGGCUCUCGCUAUAUUCCCACAGGCGGUGUUUUUGGUUGGAACUUUAAGAGAAAACUGACUUCGCGCGUUGCAAAUUUUAUCGCUGACUUCAUGCUCAACCCGGGCGUAAGCGACUUGACGGGUAGCUAUCGUCUGUACAAGAGGGAAGCGUUCAACAACAUUAUGCAGAACAUGGAGAGCCGAGGAUAUGUUUUCCAGAUGGAGAUCAUCGUGCGUGCUCACGAUAUGAACUACUCGAUCGGGGAAGUUCCGAUCGUGUUUGUGGAUCGAAUGUACGGCGAGUCGAAGAUGGGAAUGAACGAGAUUAUCCAGUACCUCAAGGGCGUGUUCAAUCUCUUCCUGCAUUGCAUUGUUUGUUCACAAACUCGAUAG